AUGGUCGAGCUCGGCCCGUCAUUGCCCCGCGAGCCGGUCCAGCUCGCGCACAGCACGGCCCAGUCGGCAUCGCCGGCGCCCUUAUAUAUACACAUUCCUCGGUCUAGGUUUUGCACCUUCUCUUCCACCCACCACCAAUGGCAACCAGGGGAGGACGCGGCGGCAGGGGAGGACGCGGCGGCAGGGGAGGCCAACCGGGCGAGCCCGGCCAACCUGGCGAGCCCGGCCAACCUGGCCAGGGCGGCGGCCGCGGCGGAUCCGUGUUCGGGCCUCACGGCGGCGCCGGCGGCUUUCUCGUCAUUGGAGGCCGCGGCGGCAGGGGAGGGCGCGGCGGCAGGGGCGAGCCCGGCGAGCCUGGCCAACCGGGCCAGGGCGGCGGCCCCGGCGGCCGCGGCAGAUCCGCUUUGGUGUGAUCUAGUAGAACUUUCGACGUCGCUGGUGUUUAUGCGAUCAACAGUUUGA